AUGUCAGAUAAUACAAUAAAAAAUAAUGAUAAUAAUAACAAUAGUGAAUCAAUUGAUGAUGAACAUAUAAUUGAUGAACAUUCUGCACCAGAUUUAUCCCAUACAGAUGAUGAACAAGAAGAUGAAGAAGAUGAAGAAGAUGAAGAACCAAACAAUAUAAAUCAAGAUAAUGGAGCUAUACAAUAUCCAGGUACAAUAUUACCAGAUCAUAAUCAGCAAGAAAUAAUAGCAGAUCAAGAACUAACUAAUGAUAUAGAUUUAGAUACUGAUUAUAUAGACCUAGUUCAUUUAAAAAUAUCAUCAUUGAAAGAUUUACAGUUAGAAAGAUUCAAACAUCUUGAGUCUCUCAAUUUGAGACAAAACCUCAUCACCUCCAUAGUUUCAGUUAAAGAUCUUCCUACUAGUUUAGAAGAAUUGGAUUUUUACGAUAAUAGAAUCAAUCACAUCUCCUCAUCAAUUAAACAUUUAGUCAAUUUGAAAAGUUUAGAUUUUUCAUUCAAUUUAAUUAAAAAUAUUAAAAAUAUAGAAACGUUGGUUAAUUUAGAAAAUUUAUACUUUGUCCAGAACAAGAUAAAAGAGAUUAAAAAUCUUGAAACAUUAACCAAAAUCACAAAUUUGGAACUUGGAGGUAACAAGAUUGAAAAAAUUGAAAAUUUGGAUAAAUUAGUGGAAUUAAAGCAAUUAUGGUUGGGUAAGAAUAGAAUACCAAGAUUUGAAAAUUUAGGAAAUCUAAUUAAUUUACGAGUUUUAUCUAUUCAAUCAAAUAGGAUAACUAAAAUUGAAGGGUUGGAAAAUUUAAAAAAUUUGGAAGAGUUAUAUGUUUCACAUAAUGGGAUUGAAAAAAUUGAAAAUUUAGAACAUAAUACAAAUCUACAAGUGUUGGAUAUCACAUCAAAUAAAAUUUCAAAAUUGGAGGGAUUAAAACAUUUAGUUAAAUUGACUGAUUUUUGGUGUUCCUACAAUCAAAUAUCAUCAUUUGAAGAAAUUGGUAAAGAGUUAGGAAAAUUGCCUGAUUUAGAAUGUGUUUAUUUUGAAGGUAAUCCGAUUCAACGUAAUAAUCCAAGUGCAUAUAGAAGAAAAUUAAAAUUAUAUCUUGGUUCAUCAAUAAAUAAAAUUGAUGCUACAUAUGUUCACAGUUGA